GAAUUACUGUUACUGUUUAAGACUUUUAUUUUGAAAACGACGACCAUCUUUUAACUUUCGGUUGCGUUUUACUGUAGCAAAUACCGAUCACUUGUACUUUACAUUUAGUCGAAACAUGGCUUUCCAGUGUCAGAGGGACAGUUAUAUGCAAGAGUUCGACACAUGUGUAGUGUCUUGCGUGCCUGCAGAAUUAACCCUAGAGAAUAACGGAAAGAAAGAAAAGCUGAAGGGCUUUAAUCUGAAACUGAAAGACACGAUUCUGUUUCCGGAGGGUGGAGGACAGCCUGAUGAUCGUGGGACGGUUGGAGGUGUCAGUGUCCUGCGUGUGUUGAGACAGGGUCCAGAUGCGGUGCAUUUCAUCAGCUCUGCCCUGGAGGAGGGUCAGGAGGUGCACAUCAAACUGGACUGGGAACGGCGCUUUGACCACAUGCAGCAGCACUCGGGUCAACACUUGAUCACAGCUUUGGCUGAUACAAUGUUUGGCUACAAAACUACUUCUUGGGAAUUGGGACGUCAGCGUAGCAGCAUAGAGCUGGACACAGCCACGGUGAAGCCCGGAGAGAUGGAGGCUUUGGAGGCUGCUGUGAAUGAGAAGAUUCGUGCACACGUUCCAGUCGCCGUCAAUCUCCUGUCCAUUGAUGAUCCUGCUGUGGAGAAGGUGAGAAGCCGCGGCCUUCCUGAUGACCCUGCCGGUCCCAUCAGAAUCGUUGACAUUGAGGGUGUAGAUGCUAACAUGUGCUGUGGGACUCAUGUGUCCAACCUCAGUCACCUUCAGGUUAUAAAGAUUUUGGGGACCGAAAAAGGGAAGAAGAAUAAAACCAAUCUGAUCUUCAUAGCUGGCAACAGAGUGCUCAAAUAUGCUGAAAAGAGUUACAGCAUUGAAAAAUCACUGACCGGCCUUCUCAAGACAGGGGCAGAUGAGCAUGUUGAUGCUGUGGACAAGCUACAGAAGACGGUCAAACGUCUUCAGAAGAGUAAUCUAAUCAUCCUGAGGGAAAUGGCUGUUCUGAUAGCGCAGAACUUCAAAAACAAACCGGACAGAGGAAAUUUCUUCAGCAUGCACAAUAAAGACGGUGAUAAUGAGUUCAUGAACAUCAUCGCGAAUGAAAUUGGAUUUCAGGACACGGUGAUCUUUCUGACCGUGGGCGAGGAGAAGGGUGCAGGACUGUUCCUGCUCGCUGGGCCUGAGAAUAUUGUCACUGAAGUGGGACCUCGGGUGUCAGAGCUGCUGCAGGGUAAAGGAGCAGGAAAGGCUGGACGUUACCAGGGUAAAGCUAAUAGUUUGGUGAAGAGAGCAGAAGCUGAGGCUUUACUGAAGGAGCACUGCUGUAAACUCACCGCAGGAGAGGAAUAAAAGGACGGCAGACAGGUGCUGUCGUGAUCAUCCAGACUCUGUCUACACCAAACACAUGCCUCAUGUUGCGACGCAUCAGAACUAGAUAAUUUUGUUGCAAUCAAUGAAACAGUCACCUUCAGCUGAUAGAGGCUCCUUUUAUGUUUUUGAUGAACCACAUAACUAUUUUUCCCGUCCAUCAACAAAAAAAUUUAUAAAAAUACAAAUUUAAGAAAAAUGUAUGUUGAUAUAUUAGUUAUACUGUAUAUUAAUCUUCUGACUUGUUGCUUCAAAGCCAGCUUGUGAUUUUUUUGGACCUUCACAUUUAAAUAAUUUUACUAGUAAUAAUUAUAGUAAUAAGUACCAACUCAGGGUUAUAUGAUUGAGUCGUUUGAUGUUUGUCUUCGUUUGAUCAGAAUGGAAUGACUCCAUGACCUAUGAAGUUGAAAUUGUUUUAUUUUUUGCAUUGUUCAUUUGAAGUAAUCCUUCAGAAAUCUUCAUAAUGCACGUAAUUCAUUGGUUAUUUAUUAGCCCUUGAACUGGUUUGUAAUUAUAAUUGCAAACAAAAACAACUCUAAAUAAAUGUAUUCGAAUUAGAAACAAGCAGCAGUUCUAGUAAGACAUCUUUAAUAUACUGUAUGCAUAUGUGUAUGUAAUAUACUGCUUUGAAUCACUGGGCUGUGUAUCAUCUUUUUUUCUUUUGUUUGUCAAAGUAGUUUAAUGAACAGUUCACCUGAAAUUGACAAUUAUGUCAUCGUUUGCUCAACCUCAUGUCAUUCCAAAUUCAUAUGACUUUUGUUGAUGUGUAUGGAUAUAUGAAAAGAGAUAUUUUGCAGAAUGUUCAAGCCACUCGUUUCCAUACAAUUACAUUUUAUCAGGUUUUUGGCUCUCUCCUAAAAAAGUGCUAUAAUGUCAUGUGCUAUAAUCCAAGUCUUCGGAUGUCUAUGUAUGUUGAACAGAACAAAAUUUAAAUGAUGACUAUGUUUAUUUGUGGGUGAACUGUUCACAUUUAAAGUCACCAAAACAGACCUGAGAAAAUCAGUCUGUGGACAUUUAGAGCAGAAGUUUUGUUUUAUUGGGCCAGUGAUCACACAACAUAAAGCUGAUUGAAGACUUUAUUGUAUGAUGUACCACAGAGCUUGUGCCAAUAAACAAUCUUCCAGUUGA